UUUCUCCAAUGUCUAGUCGCAUCUUCUGAUAUGAGCACACUCGCUGUAGGCCGAAUUACCCGCACUUGUCCAGCCCGACAAACACAUGUUAUUUAAAUUCUGCCAUCCCCGUUACUCAUUGAAGAGCCUGAACAUCUUGUCCAGCAGUCUUCCUCAGUCUCAUAUUGCAUUCCGCUCCACCGUCUCUCGCCUGCGCCCAUUGACAUCUGCACCAGUUAGGACCUACUACGGCCAUAUCUCAGACGACAAGAUGGCGCCUCAAUUAGAACCUUACUUCAAGAAGGUGGAUGAGCUCGCCGACUCCUUUAUUGACCGUCUGCGCAAAGCCGUUGCCAUACCUUCAGUUUCCGCAGACGAAGACAAGAGGAAAGAUGUCGUACGAAUGGGCCAGUUCCUCGCCGCCGAGCUCGAGGCUCUAGGCGCAGAAGUCCAACAACGCCCACUGGGCAAACAGCCGGGGAAAGAACACCUCGAUCUCCCACCAGUGGUCAUUGCACGCUACGGCAAUGACAAGUCCAAACGCACCAUUCUCGUAUACGGGCACUACGACGUGCAACCUGCGCUUCUCGAAGACGGCUGGGCCACAGAACCCUUCAAACUGACCAUUGACGAAAAGGGACGCAUGUACGGCCGCGGCAGCACCGACGAUAAGGGCCCCGUGCUAGGCUGGCUCAACGCCAUUGAGGCGCACCAGAAAGCCGGCGUCGACUUCCCCGUCAACCUCCUGUGCUGCUUCGAGGGCAUGGAAGAGUAUGGCUCCGAGGGUCUAGACGACUUUAUCAAGGCCGAAGCGAAGCAGUUCUUCAAAGACGCCGAUGCGGUCUGCAUAAGCGAUAACUACUGGCUCGGCACGGAGAAGCCCUGUCUCACUUACGGGCUCAGAGGGUGCAAUUACUACUCCGUCGCGAUCUCCGGACCGGGCCAGGAUUUGCAUAGCGGUGUGUUCGGAGGAACCGCGCACGAGCCAAUGACCGAUCUCAUGGCUGUUCUGAGCAAGUUGGUCGAUGCCAAUGGCAAGAUCCUGAUCCCAGGUAUCAACGAGAUGGUCGCGCCCCUGACCGAAGAGGAGAAGGCGCUGUACGGUCCUAUCGCGUACACGAUGGAUAAUCUGUACGAGAGUCUGGGGAGCAAGACCGGCAUCUUUUCCGACAAGGACCGCACGUUGAUGGCGAGAUGGCGCUACCCGUCGCUCAGCAUCCACGGCGUGGAGGGUGCGUUCUCGGCGCCAGGUGCAAAGACGGUCAUCCCCGCGAAAGUUGUUGGCAAGUUCAGUAUCAGAACGGUGCCGGACAUGGAAAGCCCCAAGGUGAAUCAGGCCGUGUACAAGUACGUCAAGGACGAGUUCGCCAAGCUGGGAUCCAAGAACACGCUCGAAGUGUACUGCCAGCACGACGGCAAGUGGUGGGUUGCCAGCCCCAAGCACUGGAACUUCUCGGCCGCGAGUAAAGCCGUCAAAGAGGUUUUCGGCGUCGAGCCGGAUAUGACGAGAGAGGGUGGAAGUAUUCCAGUCACGAUCACGUUCGAGGAGGCCACGGGCAAGAACGUGCUGUUGUUGCCGAUGGGGAGCAGCACGGACGCCGCGCAUAGCAUCAACGAGAAGCUCGAUCGGAGGAAUUAUAUCGAGGGGACCAAGUUGUUGGGCGCGUAUUUGCAUUACGUGGCCGAGGAGCCUAUGGUGUCCGCAUAAAGAAGUGGUCGAAUGGCAUGGUUGACGAGACGGAGUUUGUCUGUAACCGGGCGUACUGUACGCCCAUCAAGCUGAGUAGACCGUCAUAAAGAUUGUUGAGAAUUUCAUAUGAUUAUGUUAAGUACG